ACUUAAGAUUAAACAUUGGAUUUGUAAAAGCCCAGGGCUGCAGACUCCAGUCAGGGAGGGUUUACUGGGUCUCAAACUGAAAGUGUGCAGCCUGCUGAGAUUUGUGUAGUCCUGAGAGCUCACGCCAGAGAGACGGGCAGAGCCUGGUUUUCAGAAGGCCUCCUGCAUUGCUCACGCACGUGUAGCAAGGGAGACAUGACCACAUUAGCCAAUUUUACACAAACACUGGAGGAUGUCUUCAGAAAGGUUUUCAUUACUUAUAUGGACAACUGGAGGAAGAACACGACAGCCGAAGAACAGGCGCUUCAGGCCAGAGUCGAUGCUGAGAACUUCUACUACGUCAUCCUCUACCUCAUGGUGAUGAUUGGCAUGUUCUCCUUCAUUGUGGUGGCCAUCCUGGUAAGCACGGUGAAGUCGAAGUGGCGGGAGCAUUCCCAGGACCCCUACCACCAGUACAUCGUGGAGGACUGGCAAGAGAAGUACAAAAGUCAGAUCUUGCACCUGGAAGAACCCAAGGCCACCAUUCAUGAGAACAGGGGGGCAACAGGGUUCUCAGGGUCGCCCUGA